CUGUCGGAAACGCCGAAAGGAAGCUGCAGUAAGCGGAGAUUCUUAGAUUCUUCCUUCCCUGCGGGCGGGUUGAGGUGGCACGAGGAAAGCACGAACUUCGUACUCCUGGUACCAAGGGUCCCAGAGCGCCGAGCCACUCAAGUCACACUUGUCCUGGGCAAGACCAGAGGAGGAACCAUGGCGCGGGCUGUGGUCGCCCGGCUCAUUCAUUGUGCUGAGAAGCUGCUGCUGUUGGUCCUGUGGAUUUGUCCGUGCGCGGCGUCACCUACUGGUGUUGGUUCUCUUUGCUACAACUUCACUGUCCAUAAGUCAGAAUCUGGACAAUGGUUGAAUGGGGGCCAGGGCCUGCUGAACAAAAAGGUUUUUCUUGACUACAACAGAGGUAGUAACUGCAAAAUCGGUAGCCUUCCAGAGAAUAGAAUAAAUGCCACACAGAUGUUUAACAACUCAUGUGAGUUUCUAAAAGAUGCGAGUGACCUGUUCAAAGAGAAACUGCUUAACCUUGAGACUGAGAACAAUACAAUCAGAGAGCCCCUCAGCCUGCAGGUCACCAUGUUUUGUCAGGCUAAAGGUGAUGGACACACGUACGGAUACUGGGUCUUCAGCCUCAAUAGACAGAAAAUGUUCCACUUUGACUCAGGCAGUAGAAAGUGGACAGAACCUCAUCCUGUAUCCACAUGGAUAAAAGAUAAGUGGGAAAAUGACAAGGAUCUAUCUGACUUUUUAUGGCGGAGCUCAGUGGAAGGCUGCAAGGAAUGGCCUGCAUCCGUUACAGCCCCUCCAACCACUACUCCUGACAUGGUCCAGCGAGCAUCCACAGCCAUCACAACCAAACCCUGUGUCCCGCUGAUACCCCUCACCUGCUCCCUCCUGCUUCUCAUCUUGAGACAAUUCUUCACAGGGACAGGUUGAAGACGAGCCCAAGAAAUUAUGAGAAUUGUUUCAUUCAGAAAUUCACCUGCCACCUUUCUGUUACUUUGUUUGUAACAAAGGCUUUUCCAUUCUAAAUCAGAUGGAAUUGCAAUGAUGCUGCCAAUGUGACAGUUCAUGUUCUUCUUCCCAUCCUGUAGAACUUGCUUUGGGCCCUUUCUUAACAUCUGCGCUAUUUGCUCUUGGUGCUAACUAAUGGAACUUUGUGUUUAACAUGUAACUACUAGAACUGGAAAAUUGGAAAAAAGAACAUUGUUAUGUACCCAUGCUAGGCAGCAAGUAGGGAUUGAGUAAGUAGAAGGGAGCAUAAGUGAGUUACCUCUUUAUAUAUAAUUUAUCAAUGUCCAGGUCAAGGUGG